AUGGGCUCGACCGUCCCCAGCCUCACCCUCCCAAGGCUGCCUCUCUUUGAGGCCAUCUCCCAGCACAACCCAAAGUCCACAGCCGUGGUUCACUGCCUUUCCGGUCGCUCCUUCACCUACGGCGAACUUCUCCCAGACAUCUACCGUGCCCGCGAGCGGCUAUACGAUGCUGCCGGCCGCACCAACAUUGAGGGCGAGCGGGUCGCCUUUCUUGUCGAAAACAGCUACGACUAUGUUGUCACAUUCCUCGCCAUCCUGGCUGCGCGCGCCGUAGCCCUGCCGCUCUCGCCGCCCUUCCCCGCGCCAGAGCUGCAGUACAUCAUCUCGCACGCCGAGGCGCUGCUCCUUGUCCACUCGCCCAAAUUCGCCGCAAAGGUCAACGAGGUGCUCUCCACAGCAUGGCCCGAGGCGUCGCCAAAUCCGAACCCCAAGGUGGUCGAGAUUCCCAAGCACAUGGGCGUUUCCUCUUCAUCCUCCAGCAACACCGGCAGUCCCUAUUACGAGGCAGUCUCCCUCUCAGAGGGCUCCGACGCCGGCCAGGCCGCCAUGAUGCUCUACACGUCCGGCACGACGAACCGGCCCAAGGGCGUGCUGAUCCCCGAGAGCGCGCUGACGGCACAGAGCUCGGCCCUGAAGCAGGCGUGGCGGUACACCCCGGAGGACCGGCUGCUGCACGUCCUGCCGCUGCACCACAUCCACGGCACCGUAAACGCCGUCAUCACGCCGCUCUUGGCCGGCAGCACCAUCGAGUUCCUGUUCCCGUUCAACGCCGACGCCGUGUGGCGGCGGUUCGCCAAUCCGUUCCUCGAAGCCGAUCCCGCCGCCCCGGCCGCCACCAACGGCAGUGUUAACGGCAACGACGCGGCCGACAAGUUUGCCAACAUGCGCCGCGAGAAAAUCACCUUCUUCACCGUCGUCCCCACGGUAUACACCCGCCUCAUCUCGACGCACAAGCUGCUCGAACAGUCCCCCGCGACGGCCCGCUUCGCAGAGGCCUGCCGCAAGGCCGUUUCCCCCGAGCACAUGCGGGUCAGCAUCUCCGGGUCCGCGGCGCUGCCCACGCCCGUGAAACGCGCGUGGAAGGAGCUCUCCCUGGGCAACGUGCUGCUCGAGCGCUACGGCAUGACCGAGGUCGGCAUGGCCCUGUCGUGCGGGCUCGACUUUGGCGACCGCAUCGACGGCAGCGUCGGCUGGCCGCUCCCGGGAGUCCAGGCCCGGCUCGUCGAGACGGACGAGGAGACCAACACUGCCACGGUGAUCCUGCCGGGCGAGGAGACCGACCCGGUGACGGGCAAGGAGCGCCAGGGCGAGAUCCAGCUCCGCGGCGCAAACGUCUUUAGCGAGUACUGGCGCAACCCGGCCGCCACGGCCAAGGAGUUUGUCCCCGCGGACCCGCAGGACCCGGACCAGCGCAGGUGGUUCAAGACGGGCGACGUCGCGGUCCGGCGGCCCGUCCCCGAGAGCGCCGUGGCCCGCGGCGUCUCAAAGUCUGGCGACUGGGUCACCGCCGCCACUGCGGCCGCCGCUGGGGGAGCAACAACAAAUAACAACACCAUGUACUUUAUCCUCGGCCGCCAGUCGGCCGACAUCAUCAAGUCCGGCGGCGAAAAGGUCUCGGCGCUAGAGGUCGAGCGCGAGAUGCUCUCCCUGCCCGAGGUCAGCGAGUGCGCCGUCCUCGCCGUGCCCAGCGGCAAGUGGGGCCAGAAGGUCGGCGCCGUCGUCAUCCUCGACGGGGAGUUUGUGGCCGGCGGCGGCAGCUGGAAGCCCAUGGACAUGCGGCGCGCGCUCAAGGGCAGGCUCGCCAACUACAAGAUCCCCCAGAUCCUCAGGGUCGUGGACAACAUCCCGAGGAACGCCAUGGGCAAGAUCAACAAGAAGGAGCUUGUCAAGGCAGUGUUUAGCGAUGACUUUUCCGGAGACGAGUUGUAG